GUCGAAUUUAAUUUGAGAUUUGUGCCAAGGACAAAACCAUUUCCUUGAAUUCACUGUGACAAUUGAGCUGCCCCUGAAUAAUUGAUUCAAAGAAACAUAUGUAUUAGAUAUCAACCUGACAGUUUAUCGCAAUGGAUCGUGUGUCAACCGGUGCCCCAACUGACAUAUUAGACAUCAACGACUCCAUCGACAUCGACGAAGAGGACGACGGCGAACACAUCGUCUCGAAGCUACGAGAGAAAGUACUGAAGCGCAAGGGUCGUGGAUUUGUCGAGACUCGCGACUACGAAAAAAUCGCCACCUACGGAUCGCAGGAAACAGUCGAACAAGGCCCAGCCAAUUCCCCGUUGAAAUCGGUCGAGGGUUGGAUACUUUUUGUGACCUCCAUCCACGAGGAGGCCUCCGAAGAGGAUGUCAAUGAGAAAUUCUCCGAGUACGGGAGAAUUAAGAACUUAAGUCUCAAUCUGGACAGGAGGACCGGCUUCGUGAAGGGCUACGCUCUAAUCGAAUAUGGUACCUACGACGAAGCUAACUCCGCCAGGGAAGCCUUGAAUGGGUCCACGCUCUUGGGUGCGGCCAUUGGGGUCGAGUGGUGCUUCGUAAAUGGCCCCAAGAAAUCCGACAGGAAAAAGAAGAAGCACUAAUUCGUUGAUUUAUUCAUUUAUCUAAUUAACCUUUCAAUUUAUUGCAUUCAUUUAACGAUUUCCUAAAUUGAGUAUUCAAUAACACUUUUGGCUAUAAAGUUUUAUUUUUGACGAGAAUGUAAACAAUUUUUUUAAUUUAUUCAUUUGGUAAAUUUAAUUUUUUAUUAACACUGUUCUUAACAAAACUUAUUAAUUAAAAUUAAACUAAGUCAUUAGCCAAAAUUUAUAUUUUAGAAUG